AUGAUCAGUAGGACUACUGAUGCUGAUGCAUCUGCAUCUUCAUCUGAUACUGAUGCGUCUGCAAACCAAUUCCUCGAGCGCGUAAAGCAUCUUAAGUUAGAGCCAGACGAAUCCAUGGUAUCCUUUGAUGUCGUUUCGCUCUUCACCUCCAUUCCACAGCAACUAGCGAUAGACGUUGUGGACCAACUACUGGCAGAGCGCUAUGAGGAGAGGGACAAGCACCUGAAGUCUGAACAUCUGCUCGAGCUUCUGCGAUACUGCCUCAAGACCUAUUUCACCUUUGGUGGACAAAUGUACGAACAAAUAAAAGGCACUCCUAUGGGUUCCCCUCUAUCAGGCCUAAUCGCUGAAGUAGUUCUCCAACGGAUAGAACACUUGGUGUUCGCUAAGUAUCAACCAAAGUUCUGGGCUCGCUAUGUCGAUGACACCUUCGUCGUUGUCAAAACAACUGACAUUGAGCACCUAAAGGAACAACUGAACACGGUCGAUCCGGAUAUCCUAUUUACGAUGGAAGCAGAAACGAACAACCAACUGCCAUUCCCCGACGUGCUUGUGCGCCGGAGUACAACUGGACAACUGAAAACCGCAGUAUUCCGGAAAUCCACCGACACGAGACAAAUCCUACACUUCAACAGCAACCAUCCUCUGUCUCACAAACGUAGCUGUGUCCGCACUCUAUUCCAAAGAGUCGAAACAUAUUGCAGCACGCCAGAAGAUAAAAGAGCCGAACGAAUGUAUCUUCAAAACCUAUUUGCAGCCAAUGGAUACCCCAGACAUUUUAUCGAGAGAAGCAGACGUCGGGUGCACAGACGACGGCCAAAUGAGCAGCAACCUGAAGUAUGGGGGGCCAUUCCCUACGUUAAAGGGGUCUCUGAGGCGGUCUCUCAAUUGUUACAACCGGCCAGAGUAGGCAUAGCCCACCGACCACAGGCAACGAUUCGACGCCGUCUGAUGUAA